AUGUUGGGCCGCCAAGUGCAAGCUUGGCGUACGUUAUGCAGGUUUACUAGAAUUAUUAAUAACGGCACACGAAGCUGUACGACAAGUGCUUCUGACAAAGCGGAAAAAAAUAAGAUUAAACCAGGGAUUUGGAAAAUUGACGAUAAAAAACGCGAGAAAUUAGCUACAUUCGGUCGAUAUUGUGCCGAAUGUUUACCGAAAUUUGUACAAAGAGUGCAGUUUGCUGCUGGAGACGAAUUAGAGCUAUUGAUUCAUCCAAGUGGAGUUCUACCUGUGAUAGCGUUUCUAAAAGGAAAUCAUGCAGCUCAAUUCACUAAUAUUAUAUUUAUUACUGGAAUGGAUGUACCUUCACGCAAAUUCCGUUUCGAGGUCAUUUAUGCUUUUCUCUCGAUACGUUUCAAUGCACGCAUCCGGGUGCGUACAUACACCGAUGAAAUUUCACCGUUGGAGUCAAUAACAUCGAUUUUCAAAGGAGCAAACUGGUAUGAAAGAGAAGUCUAUGACAUGUACGGUGUUUGGUUCAACAACCAUCCAGAUUUACGACGUAUCCUUACUGAUUACGGUUUUGAAGGGCAUCCGUUCAGGAAAGAUUUCCCCUUGUCUGGUUAUGUUGAGUUGCGGUAUGAUUCGGAGCUCGGUCGCUGUGUAUAUGAGCCAACUGAACUGGCACAAGAAUUCCGGAAAUUUGACCUAAAAACUCCAUGGGAAUUGAUGCCUAACUUCCGUGAAGAGUCUAUGGUGUCACGUUAUGAACAAAUCGGUUUGGAGGAGCCUAAAAAAGAAACCGAGAAGGAUAAUAAAUAA